AUUUCCUUUACCAGGUUGGCCUCUGCCCUCCAACUUCCAUCGAGGUCAACGAGCGGCGGAACGUUUAACGCGGACUAGCAUUCCCACACGGACACAUUUGUAACGGAGCGACGUGCCAGGCGAAAUGGAAGUGAAAAAUGCUAACGCUGCAAUGCUCAGCAACUAUGAGGUGUUCAAACUUCUCACAGACCUGAAGGAGCAGAGAAAGGAUAGCGGGAAGCACAAACACAGCGCCGGGCAGCAGAACCUCAACACCAUCAUGUACGAGACGCUGAAGUACCUGUCGAAGACGCCCUGCAGCAGACAGAGCCCUGAGAUCGUCAAGGAGUUUCUCACCACCAUGGUGCCGCACAAACUCACAAAGGCAGAAAAACUACAGCUACUGAACCACCGGCCUCUGACUGCAGUGGAAAUCCAGCUUCUGGUAGAAGAGAGUGAAGAGCGACUAUCAGAGGAGCAGAUUGAGGAGCUUAUCCACACGGUCACAGAUGUCCUACCGGGAGACCCAGAGCAAGAAAACACAGCUCCAGCAGACACAGAGAUGGAUGAAGGCGGCGAACAGUCAUGACAUCAUGACGGGCCAGAACUGGAGAUAACUGCAGAACUGGACUGUGAUUAUUUGCACGACUAAUUGAACUAUGCAUGAUGGGAUACAUGCUGCCCGACAGCUUGAUAAUUCACAUCAAGUUGACCUGUUACAUAAGCAGAAGAAGAUAUACUGAUUGUUUCUCUAUGUGCAUUCAUACUACAUAGCUGCAUUAAAUCAAACAGGGUAGUGUGUCACAAUUGGAAUUAUUGGACUCUGAUUUCCAAAGCUGUAAUGUUAGUCAGUUGUGCGAUUAAACUUAAGCUGGUGCAGCAUAAAUGUAAGAUCAAACAGUAUGAUUAGACUGGCUGUGUAAUAACGAAGAACAAUAUAAGCCAGGAGGUCGUCACUCACAGUUUGCGAAGCAAUGAUUUUAAAACAUGGUGACACUUUAUUUUGCCCUUUGCAUUACAAAGAGAUGUAACAGCUGAAAUAAGCAGCAGUUGUUUGUCAUUUUGGAUCACACAGAAAAGUUACAGCCACUAUGUCUGCUUUCAGGUAUGGCUGCAGGGCUUACCCUGAGUGUAGUUGUCAGUACUGCGGGACAUGUUUCACAGAGAUGUGUUUCUGUAACCGUGCAGAGGUUACACGGGAUAUAAACUACAGGUUUGCAGCACAAACUCUUUAACCACAGGCCCUGGAUCAACUCCAGUUUUUUUUUACUUUCGUGUUGUAGUAGAGGAAGGAUGUGCUGGUUAGACUCAUGUAAAUUUCUGCUUUUGGGCUUCCUGUUGACAUAUCACAUCAGUUUCCUGUGCUUGCCAAGUACCUCGCUGAGGCGGGAGACCUAAGUGAAGUGAACACUGAUUUUUUGGACAGCACAUCUGAGCGCACCAAGCCCCCCAUCGCAGCCAAAUUGGUCAUGCUUGUAAAUGUAAACAGGAGGAACACUUUAUUAAUUUCUAUAUAACAAUGACAGUUAUCGCUGUUACUUUCAUUCUUACGACAAUGAACUACCAAAUCCGACAGUUUUACUGUACUAUUAAUUUUGUUCUGCAGUCAAGACUGGUAAGAACACAGUAAAAGUGGAAGUAGGCAACAUAUCUUUGGCAUCAUUGGGGGAAAAGAUUGACAUAUUAUUGUAAUCAAAGUGUUCCAUGAGUGGACUACGCUUGUGUGAGGGGAUUUUUUUUUCAGAUUUAGAUAGGGGAGAAGUAAAAAGGGGAAAAAGUCUACAUAUGAAAUAGGAUGUGGUGUUAAAAUGAGUCACAGUGCAUUUACAAAAACAGGCAUGUGCUUUAGACUCAGUAUUUACUUGGCAAUGUGAUUUUAAUUCUUCACGGCAUCCCUCGGAGAUGCCAUGUCCACAUUGACAUGACAGCAUCACACAGUUGCUGCAGAUUGCACAUAGAUGCACAUCCAUGAUGAGAAUCUCCUGCUCCACCAGACCCCAAAGGUGCUCUACUGGAUUGAGAUCUGGUGAGUCUGGAGGCCAUUUGAGUGCAGUGAUCUCAGUGUUGUGUUCAUGAAACUGAUGAAGUGUAGUUCCAAUUUUCUGUUGCUCAGUUUUGGUGAGCCUCAGUUUCCUGUUCUAAGAUGACAGUGAAUGGCACCCAGUGUGGUCUUCUGCUACUGUAGGCCUUCUGCUUCAAGAUUUGGUUGCGCUUUCAGAGAUGCUCUUCUGCAUAGCUUUGUUCUUAUGUGUCCUCAAAGCAGUCAGGCCAUUUUCCUCAGACAUUAACAGGGCAUUUUUGCACAGAGAACUGCUGCUCGCUGGAUAUUUCCUCUUUUUCGAACCAUUUUCUGUAAACCCUAAAGAUGCUUGUGUGGGGAAAAUCCUAGCAGGUCAUUAGACCAGCACCAACAAUAAUCACCAUAAUUGCUGUAAUCAAACGGUUCUUUCCUUUUGAGGCUCCCUUUGAACUCUAGCAGGUUAUCUUGACUAUAUCUACAUGCCUAAAUUGUUUGACUUGAUGCCCACUUACUGGCUUUCUAAUGAAGUGGCCAGAGAGUGUCAGGGUAUAAAGCAAAAGCCCAUAAUUAUUUUCCUUUUUUUUUUUUUUUUUUUAAUCACCUCACUAGUUAUUUCAUUUAUUAUUCAUGUCUCUCAUGACUUAUCCAUGGACUGGAGUCGAUAUUGAAUAUUUUAUUUAUUGCAUGUUGGCAGCUUUACUUGUAAUUUCACACAUGGUCGUCCACAGAGGCCUCAAUCUAUCAUAAAGGCGACUGUAAGGGUAGCAAAAAACCUGCUCCUAAUGAAACGAUGGGUAAAUUAAAUGAGGCGGCUUUAACCUCCUCUAAAUCGCACACUGUGAUUAAAUUUCCCCGGUGGGCUUUUACUGAGAGUAUACAAAUCGAUAAGGUAAAGUAAUUCUUGCCUCCUGUGCAACUGCUUUGCUUCGCUCGGCUUCGCUUAUGUCGACGAAAUUGCCCUUUAACGCGUCCACCAAUCAGAAUCGUCCAAGCAGAUGCGUUUUAGAAUUGAGAGCUGUGCUCGUCCAAUCAGCGCCCAGCUUUCUCUGCCAGCCUGCGCUCGUAUCGUCUGUUCCCCCCUCCCUCUCUCUCUCGCUGUCUGUGUGAAUGUUAGAUACAGCUCGACUUCUCACGAAGUUGGGAAAUGGUGUAGACACCACGGCGGUGACCUUCGACCAUAGAUGAGAGUAAACACCGAUGUGUGUCUGUUGAGAAGGUGGGGGGAGACAGAGCAGCUGUCUGCCUCUGGCUUAAGGUCCAUGUGUGUGUUUCUUCUUCGUAUUUCGGCUGGUGGGAAACAUGGAUAGCUGGUUGUGGAGUGGGACACACCUGGAUCCUGCUCACCGAUAACGGGGCCAAAGAGCA